AAACAAGUUGCCGCACAAUCUCUCUUCUUGUCCCAACUUAAGCAAUUGCUUUAUAGAAAUAUAAACGACAGCCAAAACAAAACAUCAACAACAUGGCUAAUCCCUCUUGUUUUCUCCUGCCUGUUUCAUUGAUCUUUGUGGCUCUGAUCAUCGCCUUGCCGACCGUCGACGCAAGUGGCGAGCACCAUUUGAGCUGGAGUCCAAACAAGUCUGGCUGCCAGGGCUCAAUGUCCGAAUGCAUGGCUGAGGAUGAGUUUGACAUGGACUCCGAGAUCAACAGGCGCAUAUUGCAGACCAUGCAGUACAUUAGCUAUGGAGCUCUGCAGAGGAACACCGUGCCAUGCUCACAAAGGGGUGCAUCAUACUAUAAUUGUCAACCGGGAGCACAAGCUAACCCUUACAAUCGAGGCUGCAGUGCCAUUACUCGUUGCCGGAGUUAAGGUUUCCUGCUCUCCUCUUCUUCUUUCGGUGUCAUUCAUUUCUCUGUUUAUGUUGUUGAAGAAGUUCCCAUGUAAUUCUUUUGACCUUUAAUUUGCUGUUUUGGAAUUUGACCUUCAACUUUAAAUAAAAAGGAGGAACAUGAAGUUGUAUUCUUCUAACAA